CUGAAGUACCAACUGAAGUGCAUCGCGCAUCGGGCUUUCGUGCUUCUUGCUUCUACUAUGCGCAUGCUGAUCAAUUCAUGAGCAUUGUUCCAACAAUCAUAAUCUCGAGAUUAAUACCACCACUACCACCCCGCCACAGCUACUUGGUCACUAGCUAUGGGCCAAAUUUGAGCUCUCCAUCACAACCAACCUCAUCUUCUCCUCCCCCAGACUUGAAUCCUCCAACCCGCCCGACCGUAGUGCAGCCUACGCCAUAUCGUAUGCCAUACACACCAUCCCUCCACGGCCCCCCGCAACCAUGGCAGGAAGGCGACGCCUAAGGGCGGCCUCGAAUUCGACUGUCGCCACCGUAGACGAACAGCAACUCGUGUACACCAAAGAGACCCAGAUAAUACGAGCAGCUUCUCCCGGUCUAAAACAGGAGGACUGGCCAUGCUUCCUCUUGGACGAGGCUGUCGUCUACGAUAAACAUGGACAGAUGGCCAAUCUGCUACAGGUCGAUCUCCAAGGACCCUUCAUGAUACGCGGGCUCUUGGUUGUCGAGCCAGACCAAAGAAGUUGUUUGAUCAGAGGCUACCAACGAACUCAGCACAUGUGGAUAGAAAUCUCGAGAACCUACACCUAUUCCAUCGGCUUGAAAGAAGAAUCUGGCACCCCGGUCAUCUGGGCCGCUGGCGAGGCAGCUCACUUUGAACUCAUCCCCGCCCAGCGGUAUGCCCGAACCGCCAGUAUCAUGUUUCAGGGCAUUGUCAUGCACUACAACGUGCUCGAUGUAUACGAAGCCGAAUUGGACGCCCUGAAAGAACUUGAGCAGGCCAAACCACGGGAAAAGAGGCGGAAACUACGCAUCAAGGAUGUCAAGCUUGAACUACAGGAUAUUUUCUAUAGGUAUGCCACUGCCAUAGGCGACGGCUCUACCUUGGAGGAAGUCACUGAACGAUGCCACGACCAAGCGGGCUUCCUUCUGGCUCAGUUUCCCAAAGACACUGGCUUUUAUGCCUGGCUCAGUAAUGAAUUUCCCGAUAUUGUACAAAAGCUCAAGAAAAAACCCAACCCUUCUGCCGAGAUUGCCUUUACUGAGCCCGAGUUGCCUGCGUCGAAGCCAGCCUCAAUGCGGCAAAAGUCAAGCUCGGCGGAUAGUCGUGGCUCUAAAGGCAAAACCAAAAUUGCCCAAACAGACCUGUCCUCGGUCAGUACCAGAGCUGGUUCAAAGAGCAAGCUCGGUUCUUUCGAGUCAGGAAGCGAUGAACAGCGGGCAUCACGUGCUAGAUCUGUUAGGGUAAAACGUCAAUCGCCGUCGAAACCGAAGAGACUUGAGUCAAUUGAACUUGCCGACGUCCGCAUGCGAGACUUUGCUCAGAAGCCAUUAGCGCUGCCAGCCCGCGCAAAGGACGAUCCGCCUGCUGCGAUGCCGGUAGGCUCAGCUUCUGCCCUGGCUGUGGUUAUUGACGUCUUAAAUGAAGAGCGACAAAAGAUGCUUGACAUGUGGAAUGCUGGAGCAAAGCACAGAAAGCACCCAGACUCUCUUCCGGUCAACAGCUGGCUGACCAAGAUCUACAUGGCCAUGAGCAUCACAAACUAUCAAUCAAAGGCAGAGGUCUUACAGUAUCACGCCGGCGGACUAGCUCGGCAACUUGCUCCAGAGUGGCAUAAGAGCGAGCUGUACAGAUGGGCAAAGGACAAUGCCAAUGCCGAGCCCAAGUAUGAACACACCACGGAAGAACACAUUCUGAGAAUCCAAAGACGUCAAAGAAAUCCUAACACCAAGUCAUCGGUUGAAAAGUCUGCGCCUACGCCGAUACCUGUGCCAACAAGUGGGAAGAAACCGCCGAGAGGUCGUCCAAGUGGGAAAGCAGCAGGACUGCGGCCAUCAUUAGGAGGAGCCCAGAAGCGUCUUCGAGAGCAGGAUGGCAGAGAUGACACGGACUUUGAUGACGAAGAGGAGCCCCAGAGAAAACACGUCAGGACCUCAGAAUUCUUCGCUAGCGAUGAAAAUGAGGAGCAACUACAAGAAGACUCGUCUUCGGAUGACGAGGAUGGAGACAGCACCGACAAGGAGCCACUUACGCGUGUUGUGAUCCACGCCGAACCAUUGCCUUCAACAACCCCGAAAGGACCAAAUCACACAUGGUCCUGUGAGGAACCUAACUGUGACUACGUUGUUCGCAGUGCAGAAGACGAGGAUGGCCAAGAGCUAAUCCAUCAACACUAUGAGGAGCAUGAAAAGGAAGCAAGUGACGAAGCAAAGGAACGCGAACUAAAAAAGGUCAACCUCGCAAUGCAAGAGAGUCGAGGCCAUUUGCCUAUCAAUCACCUUCUCGACAAGAUCCGCAAAGCAACUUCUAACUCGAAGGGCUCAGACUCAGCUGAGCUCAAUGGUCGUCCAAUCCCGCAACCCAUUAAAAAAGCCUUAGUUAUCUAAAGGGAUCUUCCAAGUUGAAGCAUCCAAUGUGUGAUUGCACACAAGUGAUCGUCACACUUGAUCUGCUUCCAGGCGCGUGUCUCGAAUCUGUGAACAGAUAAUUGGGUUAAGAGUUUACGAAUGAUACCUCACGGCGUGAUGGCUGACAUUGGUUGGCGUUUACAGCGAGCUUUAUAUUGUAAUCUGGCAUCUGGUGAGUUGGCACCACAUAGAUGCUUUCCGGCACUUUUUGCAACGUGUGUUAUGGUCGUGAGCACGGGAAUAUAGAAACAAAUAUACCCACAAAUCCUGCAGAUAUAAUCUGUCGCACCGAACAAACUAAUGAUGCAGUAGAAGCCGUUGUCGCAAACUGAUUAGUCGCUUGCAACUCAAAUGAUUAAGUUGCCCACUAGUUCCAUGGAUGCUCUUUCUUCCGAACAAUGAGCUGGAGAACAUAUGUUAGAAUACCGAAGUAAUAUACUCUUUCCAAG